AUGCAUUUCAGUGUGGUGCCUAUUGAGUCGGGCGACGACUCUCAAGAGGGGUUUGGCUGGAAGCUGGUGUACGGCGAUUUAUUCCGACCGCCUCGGCACGGCAUGCUGCUCUCCGUGCAAAUGAAUUCAGGUGUCCAGGUGCUCUCCAUGACGCUCAUCACACUCGUGUUCGCGUGCCUGGGCUUCCUGUCGCCGGUCAACCGCGGCUCGCUGAUGACCUGGAGCCUCGUGCUGUGCGUCUGCCUGGGUCCGCCCGCCGGCUACGUGUCUACCCAAAUUUACAAGUCGGGAAGUGGCGGCGAAAAGUGGGGACUCGACGUACCGCUGACGUCGACGCUGUGCCAGGGGAUCGUGUUCAGCAUCACGUUGCUGCUGAACUGCGUGCUGUGGGCGUACGACUCGUCGGCAGCGCUGCCAUUCCCCACCAUACUGACGCUGAUCGGGCUCUGGUUUGGAGUGUCAGUGCCGCUCACUUUCGUUGGCACCUACUUCGCCUUCAAGAAGCACGUGCUGGAGCACCCUGUGAACGCUGGGCGCGGACUGAGGGUGGCCGCGCGGCGCCACCGGCGGCUAUCCUCGGGCGCUGGGUGCGGACUGAGGGUGGCCGUGCGGCGCCACUGA